AUGGUUUCCGAAGGUUCAAACAACCUACGAGUGUCAAACCAGGCAUUGUUCCCAUUUCCGGCAGAAAUGCUACCAGAUCUUUCGGAUAGACACGCAGUCCUCGGUGUUGGUCGUAGCGAGCACGCUCUGGCCUAUCUGCAUGACUUCAUUGCUCAAAUGCUCAAGGUCUUACAACCACUAGGAAUGCCUGUAUCAAGAGUCGAGGAAGCGGAGUUCCACAUGCUACGAGCCCCGAGAGCUGGUGUACUACGCUGCGCAGACGCGAAUGGUAAUCGCCACGUACAAGAUCCGCAGCAGCAUCGAGUGCUUCAGCUUGUGGCCUCUGUUCAUGGCAAGCGAUGGAUCCUGGAUCCGACAGGUCGAACAUACGGCAUUCCAACCCAGGCCAAUGGCAGCGCCAAACUACGUGCGGAGGUAUACCAACCUCUCGCUUGGUUGGGCCUCGACGAAUGGAUGUUGAGGUCACACCUCACACCGCCGGAGAUGCUCCGUCUGCCGGAAGAGCUUUUCGACGCCGCACCUGGUAUCUCUGCGGACUUGUGUUCAUGA